AUGCCUGUCACCUCUGGGAAAUGAUAAGUAGUAGGACAUUUGAGUCACAACGUUGUCCCAACAUUGAGUCAUCUACUAGGACAUGAGUUGGCUGACCCGGUUCUGUUUACACGCGGACCCCUUAUCUGCUACAAAAAGGAGGACCUUGAUCGGAUAAAUAUACCAUCAGGGGCCAGAGGCUCUUCAUUCUCCAACUGGACAACACCACAACUGGUGUACCAAAGGCUAGCAACAUGGCUCCUUCACUUUUGUCCACAGCCGCAGGCGUUCUAUUGCUAUUCUCCCUCUCCUCUGCACAAACGAGGGGAGACUAUUCCGAGGACUGCACACCAAGGGACGGAUUUGGCAAGUACUGCCCAACGACAUGUGGAGUGGCUGACUACCUCAACAAGUACAAGCCAGUGGUGGACAAGGACCUUGAUGAAAUGGAGGAUAUCCUGGGUAGAAUAACCAACCUUACCACGGGGGCCACAGAGAAAGUCACCUAUAUGAAGGAUUCAGCAACACAACAUCAGAAGUCUGGUGGAGACGUCUACUACAAAAGGUCAGCGAGCAUACUGGAUGAUGUCCUGCGCUUUGAGAAGACCAUCGUCUCCCAGGAGGAGCAAAUAUAUCAACUCCAGUCGAUGCUGGAAUCCAAUAAGAAGAGGAUGUUAGACCUCAAACAGAUGUCCAUUCAGCUGGAUCAGAAAUGCCAAGAUCCCUGCAAGGAUACUGUGGAAAUCAAACCCAUUACAGGGAAAGAUUGCCAGGAUAUUGCCAACAAGGGUGCCAAAACCAGCGGUCUGUACUACGUGAAGCCACUGAAGGCUAAGGAGCAGUUCCUUGUCUACUGCGAGAUCGACAGCUUCGGCCGCGGCUUUACCGUCCUGCAGCGGAGACGUGAUGGCAAGGUGGACUUCAACAAGGACUGGAUCCAGUAUAAGGAGGGCUUCGGCUACCUGAGCCCAGAUGACACCACCGAGUUCUGGCUGGGCAAUGAGAAGAUGCACCUGCUCUCCACCCAGUCCACCAUCCCAUACGUGUUGAGGAUCGAGCUCACCGACUGGCAGGGCAACAAGAAGCAUGCCGACUACGCCAUGUUCAAAGUGGGUCCGGAAGUCGACAUGUACCGUCUGACCUACGCUUUCUACUACGGCGGUGACGCGGGUGACGCGUUUGACGGCUUUGACUUUGGAGAUGACCCCAGCGACAAGUUCUACACGUCUCACAACGGCAUGCAGUUUAGUACCAGCGACAAGGACAACGACAAGUUCCAGGGUAACUGUGCUAAGCAGGACGGCUCCGGUUGGUGGAUGAACCGAUGCCACGCCGCCCACCUCAACGGGAAAUACUACCAAGGUGGGAAGUACACGGAGAAGGACGCCGGCGAGUCGGGCUACGACAAUGGCAUCAUCUGGGCCACGUGGCACAGCCGCUGGUACUCCAUGAAGGAGACUACCAUGAAGAUCAUCCCCACCAACAGGAUCACGGCGGGAGACGGACAGCAGACCGGAGGGGUCAAACAGUUUGGAGACAACUAAGCUAGAACUUCCUUGAACUUUUCCGGGCACAGAUUAAGCCAAGUCCCUAAAAAGCACAUGGAGAAUCUCUAUUAAACAUGUAGUCCAGGGCUAACUUUAGGCCUAAUCUGUGUCUGGGAAAAUGGCCCUCUGUCUUGAAACUUUUUUUUAUUGGUUCGAUCAAUUUCGUUUUUUGUCCUCUUGCCUAAAAUAUUGUCUAUAAUCAAAUUGCUGUUGUUGGACCUUGGAAGAUUGGUUUGACUUCUUCUAUUUAGCACCAUGUUAGAACAAACUUUAUCUACUGUCUAUGGAGAUUUAUUAGAUCUGGUUGGUUUAACCAAUGAAUAAAUGUUGUAUUUUUCUACAUGAAAGAUGUAUUUUGUGCUGGUUUUAGAUACCCCUGCCCCGACUACAUGAUCUAAGACAGGGUUUGAACCUGGGUGGUCUAAAAGCCAUAAGACUGUGUAAGCCCUCUGAGCUAAAAGCCAAUACCUCAGGGAGAUAACGCAAGUCCUCAGGUCUCAGGCCAAGGUACCGAAUCACCUCGGUUAGCAUUUAAAAGAACAUGCCAAUUUCUUUAUUGUACUUUCGCUGAUAUCAAUUCCUGGUACCACUUGUAAUUGUGCUAAAUAUGAUAAAUGAUACCCACAUUUAUAUGAUAUACAUUUCAUUUAGAAAUCGAACAAGCAGUAUAUGAUGAAUUGCACAUAGGCAUCGGAUGAUAAAUUAAAUAACCAUGGAAGUUGGUGGCGGCACUGGAAGGCUUUUAAAUAGAAGGCACUGUGCUGGGAGGACCAAACUCAAUCAAUUCGUUCAACGAUUUUUAGAAGCUAUUUUGAUUCACUGCUAUUUUGAUUAUUCUGCUAAUCAGAAGUUCUUGGAAAUCAUCUAUUGGAAGUUCUUUGAACCAACAUUCAAAUGGCCUGGGUUUAAUUCUGAGCGGAUGUGUCAACGGGGAAACAAACUAACGCUAUUAGGUAGGAAUGUUAAGUAGGAAUUUACCAUAUUAAAGAGGGUAUGUGUUUUUUGCACACCAAAUCCAGGGUCAUGUUCAGUAUGGACAAAACGUUCUGAAACAGAGUGAAACUAUUAAAAAUCCUGUUAUGUCCUUUAUGCUGUUCUAUUACAAAAUAAAUACCUACCUGAA